AUGAGCAGCUCGCACAGUGACGAAGAAAGGGGCGAAGCACGGGAGCUGGAGGACCUGGAGGCCGCUGCCACCUCGAGCAGCGAGGCGGAGGAGGACGAUGCUGGCAUCUCGCCCGCCUACAACGAUGAAAAGAUGAAGGGCAAGAAGAAGAGGAAGAGCAAAGGGGAGUCGUCAGAGGAGGACGGUUCUGACGAUGAAGUGGACGGCAGUUCGGGGUCGCGAGACGCCAUUACCCAGUCGGACGUGGGCCUGCGCGCCGGCACCGCAGCCAAGCACAUUCCGGUGACGCUGGCCUUCAAGAACCUGUUCUUCUCGGUCAAGGUGCGCAAGGGCAAGAACCCGUUCCACAAGAAGCACAAGAAGACCCUGCUCAAGGACCUCCACGGCGAGCUGCGACCGGGCGAGGUCACCGCCAUCAUGGGUCCCUCCGGGGCGGGCAAGACGACGCUGCUCAACCUGCUGGCCGGCCGCGUGCAGAGCGGCAAGACCAAGGGCUCGCUCACGGUCAACGACAUCCCCAAGGACCACAUCUCCAACCGCAAGUGGUCCCGCCUCAGCUCCUACGUCAUGCAGGACGACGUGAUGUACCCAUUGUUGACACCGCGCGAGACCUUCUGGUUCUCGGCGCAGCUCAAGCUGCCCUUCAAUGAGCGCAACAAGAAGGCCAAGGUCAACGCGCUCAUCGAAGAGCUGGGCCUGGAGAAGUGCCAGAAGACCAAGAUCGGCGACGCCGAGCACCGGGGCAUCUCGGGCGGACAGCGGAAGCGGGUGAGCAUCGGCAUGGAGAUGAUCACCGACCCAUCGAUCCUCUUCCUCGACGAGCCCACCUCUGGGCUGGACUCGUCGACGGCGUACUCGCUGGUGGAGAAGCUGCAGCACCUGGCGGCCAUGGGUCGCACCAUCGUGACCACCAUCCACCAGCCCAGCACGGACAUCUUCUUCAAGUUCGACCGCCUCAUGCUGCUGGCCGAAGGGCACAUGGUUUACAACGGGCCGACCAAGGACGUGGUGGCCUACUUUGGCCAGCUCGGCUACAAGUGCCCCAAGUACACCAACCCGCCGAGUUCAUCAGCGGACAGCUACAUAUCGAGCAAGGAGGAGGGCGAGGAGCGGCUCAAGCACUUGAUCUCGGCCUUCCGCGACAACCACAACCUGCCGGCGCUGACGGAAGACGGCGGGGACUACGCCGACGGCAUCAAGCGCAGCGGCAGCGAGCCCGUCACGCGCCGCUCCACACUCACCAAGUCCUUCAUCCGCCGCCGACGGAACAACAGCCACGAAACAGACAUUGACAAGCUGAAGGUGGCCAGCGGACCCAACUUCCUCUACCGAUGGGGCCUCCUACUCAUACGCGGGAGCAUGAUGCAAGCCCGCGACCCGAUGCAGAUUCCCGCUCGGCUCAGCCAGGCCCUGUUCCUGUCCUUCCUCGUCGGCUUCCUCUACCUCCAGUUAGGAGACGAUCAACGCAGCAUAACGGACAGGCAGGGGUCGCUGUUCUUCGUCACCAUGUCGAUGGCGAUGGGGCCGAUGAUGGGCUGCUUGGUGGUCUUCCAGGCCGAGCGGGUGGUGUUCAUUCGCGAACACUCAACGGGCAGUUACAGCACGCUCACCUACUACCUCGCCAAGGUCCUCGCCGACAUCCCCUUCCUCACGCUGGUGCCGAUCGUGCAAGGCACCAUCACCUACUGGAUGGUGGGCUACCAAGCGGAGGCCGACAAGUACUUCAUCUUCGUCGCCGCCUGUAUCACCAUCACCAUCACCGCGCACGCGCUGGGCCUAGCGAUCAGCGCCGGUGCGCCGGAUAUGAACGUGUCGAUGGCGAUGGCGCCCAUGAUCUUCAUUCCGCUCAUGCUACUCGGCGGCUUCUUCCUAAACGACGACUCCAUUCCCAAGUGGCUCAUAUGGGCCAAGUAUUUCUCUCCAUUCAAGUAUGGAUUUCAGAUACUGGCCAGGAAUGAGCUCGACGGCCUCACAUUCACCUGCAAGCCAGAUGAAAACUGCACCCCAACUGGAGAUGCUGCAUUGGAGGACCUCCACCUCAACAACGACGAAGGGAGCCUGUGGGCGUCGUUCCUCUUCCUCUUCAUGCAGUUCUUCUUCUUCCACACCCUCGCCUACACUUUCCUUCGGCUGACCGCAGGUCGUAAGAAGGCCUGA